CUGGCACACAUUAAUUAGGGACUUGAAAUUGGGUUUGGAUCAGUGUUUGUUCUCGUGGAGGAUUAACACCGGCAUUCACCAACCAAAGCCAGAGAGACCGAGACUGGCAUGGUAUAAUAGCCGUUGUCGUGCCCUCAAGACGCGCCGCGCUCUCGCUGCUUUUCCGGUACUCUAGGUCGCUGCCAACCAUGGCCACCCGCCUCCGCCUGCUCCCCGUCUUCCUCCUCCUCGUCGUCUUCUUCGCUGCAGGCAGAGCCGCGGCGGCGCGGGAAGGCGACGGCUGCUCGGCCGCCGGCGACUGCGGGUCGGGGCUGCACUGCGCCGCCUGCGGCGACGGCGAGGCCAAAAUCUGCGCGCGCGCCUCCCCCAUCGACCCCCUCACCCACGGCACGGGGCUCCCCUUCAACAACUACUCGUGGCUGACGACGCACAACUCCUUCGCGCUCGCAGGCGCCGCCUCCGCCACCGGCGCCACCCUCAUCGCCCCCGCCAACCAGGAGGACUCCGUCACCGCUCAGCUCAAGAAUGGUGUUAGGGGCUUGAUGCUUGACACUUACGAUUUCAACAAUGAUGUCUGGCUGUGCCACUCAGUUGCUGGGAAGUGCUACAAUAUCACAGCCUUCCAACCAGCCAUCAAUGUCUUCAAAGAAAUCCAGACGUUCCUUGAAGCAAACCCUUCAGCAGUGAUCACAGUUUUCCUGGAAGACUACACUGCUACAGGGUCCUUGCCAAAAGUAUUCAAUGCUUCCGGCCUCAUGAAGUAUUGGUUCCCCGUGGCAAAAAUGCCCAAGAGUGGGGGCAACUGGCCUUUGCUCAAGGACAUGAUCAGCCAAAAUGAGCGCCUGGUAGUCUUCACAUCAAAGAAAUCAAAAGAAGCAAGCGAGGGUAUUCCGUAUGAGUGGAGCUAUGUUGUGGAAAGCCAAUAUGGCAAUGAGGGCAUGGUAGAAGGUAAAUGCCCAAGUCGCUCAGAGUCCCCGGCCAUGGAUUCCAAAAGCCAGUCGCUUGUUCUGAUGAACUUCUUCACGACAGACCCGAGUCAGACCGGGGUUUGCGGGAACAAUUCAGCGCCACUUGUUAGCAUGCUAAAAACCUGCCACGAUCUCUCUGGCAAUCGGUGGCCCAACUACAUCGCUGUUGAUUUCUACAUGCGGAGCAAUGGUGGAGGAGCUCCCUUGGCUACUGACGUGGCUAAUGGCCAUCUAGUAUGUGGGUGUGACAACAUUGCAUACUGUAAGUCCAACUCGACAUUCGGAACCUGUGUGAUACCUCCACCUCCACCGCCAUCACCACCCAGGGCACCCACCAAGGGUACAAGCCCAAGCGGUGAUUCCAGUGCGGCGACGACUCAGUUCCCACCCUUCCGGUGGAGCUUCUUCUUCGGUCUGUCAUCUCUGGUUCUGCUGUUUCUGUCGUAAGAGCCCCUCGCUUCAGCUUGUAGGGUGUACCCUAGUGCUACUGCCAUCCUGAGGCAAAUUUUUCUAUCAUUGUUCUUGCAUCGGUUUCAUUGGUUCUUUUCCUCGAUCAUCAGACUGCCUGAGCUGUAAAUCAUCCCUUAGCUUACAGAGAUGCAGAAUCGAACUGGUGAAAUUGUCGGGUGUAACCGUUCGAUGAGUUGUAAAUCAAAUAUUUCAUUUUUGUUAACUAGGGCAGAUUGUACCUCUGAGGUUUCGAUAUACUUUCACAUGGCUAGUUCUUCCA